UGUUUAGGCAGCUAUGUCUGGUCGCGGCAAAGGCGGGAAGGGUCUGGGCAAGGGGGGCGCCAAGCGCCACCGCAAGGUGCUGCGCGACAACAUCCAGGGCAUCACGAAGCCCGCCAUCCGGCGGCUGGCCCGGCGCGGCGGCGUCAAGCGCAUCUCCGGCCUCAUCUACGAGGAGACCCGCGGCGUGCUCAAGGUGUUCCUGGAGAACGUGAUCCGGGACGCCGUCACCUACACGGAGCACGCCAAGCGCAAGACGGUCACGGCCAUGGACGUGGUGUACGCGCUCAAGCGCCAGGGCCGCACCCUCUACGGCUUCGGGGGCUGAGCGCCCGGGACCCACUACGACCUCCCCAAGCACAGAAAAGGCCCUUUUCAGGGCCCCCAUCCUCUCAGCGAAGGAGCCGUGACGCCGGUUUCGCUUUGUGUUUUCUGACUUUGUUGUGUUAACUCCUGGCCUUUGUCCUAUUCCUUACGUGUCCCGACUAGGAAAGUCUUACUGCCAACUGCCCACAUUUCCGUGCAUUUUCCUUGGGCAUCAGUGUAUUUAGCAAACAUGCUUGGUGUUCUCUGUUUAACUUAAAAGUCUGGCGUUUGGGGUUUUAAUGCUGCACUAGGAGCUUCAGUAUGGCCGCAGUUGAAGAAAUGGGACGGUUUUUUCUGUUCAGAAGGUGUACAUGUGUCAGGGUUGAGACAGACGAGACGGACUCCGCGUCUCCGCGCUGAAUUUGUGACUUGGUGCGUUUAGUAUUCUCGAUGCUUUCAAGUUUAGUUCCUGUUUAGUGGCCUUUAUUCUGCUGAUCUAUGUCCUCUGCUCAAGAAACCAGUGCGUGCUAAGGGGACUGGAGAGCAGUAGUAGUGACGAGCCGUCCUUCCUUGCCCCCUUUCUGAUUGAUGCAUGCAGCACGUGGUUGGCCCCCUGGCUCGGAUCCUGGUUUCCACCCAGUGUGGACACCGGUAGGUGGUAGAAGACUUGCAGGCUAAUCCCCCACAGAGGGGUGCUGAGGGUGGGACGCAAUUGGAAGGGAUCCCAACUAAGUCACAAGGAAAACAAGGUUGCAUUACAGAAAUGUUAGGGUGACAAAACAAAGCAGACCCUAAACCCAGAGGAGCUACUGCAGGGAUCUUGGGAGCGGAAGAGUGGAAAAGGAAUCAAACAAGGGGUUAGGACAUGAACACAGACCUAAAUUCAAAGUAGGUCUUAAUAUUCCUCCAGACCAGAUCUUAGCAAGUAGAGAAAGAAACCCAAAGUCAAAGGUGACAAUCUGGAUGUUGGUAGAAAGCUUGGCCAGUGCAUAUACACAGGCCGAAGUAGUAAUUCCCACAGGUAUGUGAAAAAAAGUAAACAGUGAUCGAGAUAUUAGAUAUAGAUGUAGAUAAAUGAUAGAUAGAUAGAUAGAUAGAUAGAUAUUUUUCCCCCUAAAGCUGAAAUUAAAAACUUUAAUCAUUUGCCCAUACUUCACCAAGAGUUAACCUUUGUGAGGUCAAAUACUAAAUAUGCACCUGGCCUUCUCCCAACUCAGGACCCUGGAUGCAUCUCGGAAAUACAGUGCAGUCUUUCUUAAUGAUUGUGAUCUCUCAUUUUCCUGGGAAUACUUGCGCUAACUUCAGCUAACAUAUGACUCUAAAUUGCAAAACCCACAGUGUUUUGAAUGGGAUUUCCUUUUGUCUUUGCUAUUCCUGUAGGAGAUUGUCUGUUGGGAGAAUUUGGUUUUGAUUAUAUUUCCCCAACACCUUCUGAAGGUCUAUUAUCUGUUUGCGGCUUUCCACUGAUUUCUUGAAUAAUUCUGGUAACAGUCUCUCAGUUCUUAAAAAUAAACA